UUAUUCUUUGGAGUUUGGAGACGUCGACGGCAUCGGAACAAAAAUCCGCUGCGGUCCGCUCUCUCCCCGACCGUUGGUAUUCUUCACUCUCUCUCUCUCUCCCCUGAUUCAUAGCAGACAGAGAGAGAGAGAGAGAGAGAUGGGAGCGGAGAAGACGAGCAGCUACUCUACUCGGGUUCCUCCGUCGCCGAUGUCGUCUCCUUCUUCUUCUUUUUGGUCUCGUUGGGUUUCUGAUUUCUUCACCUCUGCUCUCAGAGUGAAGGCAUUGCCUUCCUCUGCUUCCAACGCCCCCUCCGGCGACGCCCUUGACCGCCGACUCGGCCUCCUCGACCUAGUCCUCCUCGGCCUCGGCUCCUCCAUCGGCGCCGGUAUCUUCGUCGUCAGUGGCACCGUCGCCCGCGACGCCGGCCCCGGAGUUACAAUUAGUUUCAUACUCGCCGGAGCUUCUUGUGUUUUGAAUGCACUUUGUUAUGCUGAGCUAGCUUCUUGUUUGCCUGCUGUUGUUGGGGGAGCAUAUUUGUACACAUACACAGCUUUCAAUGAGCUCACUGCUUUCCUUGUUUUUGCACAACUGAUGCUUGACCAUCACAUUGGGGCAGCCAGUAUAGCACGAAGCUUAGCGAGCUAUGUGAUUACUGUAUUGGAGCUUUUUCCCUUUUUUAGGGAAAACAUUCCAAGCUGGAUUGGACAAGGUGGCAAAGAAUUUUUCGGAGGAGCUCUAUCUAUCAAUAUAUUGGCUCCGAUUCUCUUAGUACUCUUGACAGUUGUUCUAUGUCGAGGUGUUGGAGAAUCUUCUGCUUUAAACUCAUUUAUGACAGUAACAAAGGUAAUUAUUGUUAUUUUUGUCAUUAUUGUUGGUGCUUUCGAGGUUGAUGUUUCAAAUUGGACUCCUUUUGCUCCAAAUGGUUUUGGAGCAAUAUUGACUGGAGCAACCGUUGUGUUUUUUGCAUAUGUUGGAUUUGAUGCUGUUGCUAAUUUAGCUGAAGAAUCUAAAAGACCGCAGCGUGAUUUACCGAUAGGCAUCCUGGGAAGUCUUCUUAUUUGCGUUGCAUUAUAUGUCAGUGUCUGCUUGGUGAUCACUGGAAUGGUACCUUAUAUGUUCCUUGGGGAAGAAGCUCCUCUGGCUGAAGCUUUUACAUCCAAAGGCUUGAAAUACGUUACAGUUUUAAUCAGCAUAGGUUCUGUUGCAGGACUAACAACUACCCUUCUGGUUGGCCUUUAUGUUCAGUCACGGUUAUAUCUUGGGCUUGGAAGGGAUGGUUUACUCCCUUCUAUAUUUGCUAGGGUACACCCGACACGCCACACUCCUAUUCAUUCUCAGGUCUGGGCUGGUAUUGUUGCUAGCAUCUUGGCUGGGCUAUUUAAUAUCCACGUGCUGUCACACAUACUCUCAGUUGGUUCAUUGACAGGCUAUUCUGUUGUGUCAGCUUGUGUGGUAACCCUUCGAUGGAAGGAUAAGACAGGAAGUCAAGUUUCUACCAGGUGGACCUCACCCUGGCGGGAAGGAGUCAUUUGCCUCAUUAUAAUUGCCUGUUGUGGUUUCAGUGCCGGACUUUUCUAUCGCAUCAAUGCUUCGUUUGUUCUUCUGCUUAUAGCUGUAGUUAUAGCCAUCCUUGCUUCUGCUGCUCUCUAUUGCCGCCAAGUCUAUGUCAACCCACCUGGUUUUUCUUGUCCAUGGGUUCCCGUUUUGCCAGCCAUUUGCAUCUUCUUUAAUAUCUUCUUAUUUGCUCAGUUGCACUAUGAAGCAUGGGUGAGAUUUGUAAUCCUCAGUAUUAUUUCAAUUGGUAUUUAUGCAUUUUAUGGGCAGCAUCAUGCUGAUCCUUCAAGUUCAAACGAGACCAUUAUUUAUUAUAGGGCACCUGUGGAAGCAGAUCACGGUUAAACAUUUCUUAUCCUGCAGUGUGGCUUGUUAAUUGUUGCACCUAUUAUCUGAUUUAAAGCCUGAGUCAGAAUAUGUAUAGGUUGCAGUCAGCUGUGUCAUUAGGCAUUUAUUUAUCUUAUGGGGGAGGGGGGAGACGAUGCGCAGCAUGAAUCUUAUACUUGUCAAAUGCUUUGCUGGGGAGCCCAAUUGUUGGGGACUAGUGAUGGAAAUGUACAUGUGUAGAGUUUGAGAAAGGGGUGGGGGGGGACAAAGCAGCUAUAUUGUGCAUCCCAUGGAGACGUAAUCUGUCAAUGCAUCAUGAACUAUUGUUGUUGUUGUUAUUUGAUAAUAAUGUAUGUAGUGUUUUCUGUUUUUAGUA